AUGAGUAUAGUAUGGGUAGGAGCAAUACGAAAGAACGCACAACAAGACAUAAUGCUCAAAAAGCUUUGUUUAGGCCUACUGGCUCUAGCAACAACGACAUUGUGUGAAUCCAUCUCACGUGACGUGACGACAACGACUGUCAUUGCAGCCGUAAGUUCAAGUUCUUCGUCCUUAACUGUCGCUACGCCUGGUACUCCUGUGUCUCCAAAGGUUCUCCUUAUCGCCAAUGAGUUUGAAUUUGGAUACCUCGACGCCUACAAUUUCACCACCCAAUACACCGGUGUGCUCUUUGAUCAAACUUUUGCCUGUACUGAGGAUGGCGCUAUUUGUAAACUUGAGUGUGGCCAAGAGCUUGUUUCCGCCUCACAGAUCACAGCGCUCAUGAUGAUCCCCGGAGUGGACCUCAAAAAAACUUACGUUAUCAUUACUGGCACUGGCGGUGUGAAUCCCAAGUACGGAACAGCUGGGGGUGCGGCAAUCAGCACGUUUGGAAUUCAAUGGGAGUGGGGCAGUAUGUUUUUGGGAGACGACCUACCCGCCAACUUCUCGGGACAAUAUUUCGCUAGCUACGCUCAGCUUUCCCCUGACAAGUACCCCGUAACAGUGGGCUCUGAAGUGUACAAGCUCAACGAAGCACUUGUGGAUCGCUUCUAUGCUACUGGUAGUAAAGUCACAUAUGAAGAUGUUUCAGAGACCUCUCAAGGCUUAAGGGCAACUUAUGAGUACGAUGCAGCCAAGCAAGACCCUUUCUUGGCAAGGUGCGAUACUGUUUCAGCACAAGUUUACUGGCACGGCAAUGUGGCUGGAGAAAAUGUCGAGUAUUACUCCAACGUAAUCACAAACGGACAGGCACGCCCAUGUAACACCAACGAAGAUGAUCAGGGGAGGCUACUGGCUCUCUUCUUGGGUGCGGUUCAUCAUAUGGUUGACUUUGGGCGGGUUUCAAUGAUCAAAGCCUUUAGUAACUUUGACCGCCCCCCUCCACAGCUAAGCGCUUACCAAUCGAGGUUUUAUGUUGGAGAAGGUGCAACAGAGCCUGGAUUGAGAAAUGCUUGGAAAUCAAUCAUUGUAAUUGUGGAUGACGUUCUUGAAAACUGGGAUAGUGUGUUUGAUGCUGGUAUAAAGCCAAAUACGUACAUGGGCGACAUAAAGGGAACCUUGGGUGGCGUGUGUGACUUUAAUUCCACUGCAAGUGCAGCAAAAGGGUCGGUGCAAGGGAGCUGA